AGUUGUUGACAUCGAUUCUAUUCCCCCGACGGUCGAUCGAUCGAUUAGUCUGUCGCUGCAUGCGGAAUGGGCUGGAGAGUUGUGGAGUGUGCAGCAGCAGCAGCAGGCUUGGAGGAGGAUGGAAGUCCGUCAUCGCAUUGUUGAAAAGGCCCAGCGUUGCAAGCAGUUUGGCUGUGCUACAGAGAACUCAGGCACUCCCAUCCUGUUGACCCGUUGUCCAAACUGUGAAAAUCUUUGGACGAAGAAGUAUGAUGGCGCCUACCGCUGGCAGGGGUGGAUGUUGUUGCCGAAUUAAUGAAGAAUCAUCUGGAUCUUGAGGUUGUCUAUGUUCAUAUGAACUUCGAGAAGCUCAACAGCUCAAGGAACGAUGAUCUCAAUUAGGAGGACGAUCUGGAAGGAGCGACGACAAAUUCGUAUAUUAUAUAAAACUACGUAUGGGGAGAGAAGAAUACGACUUUUAAUGGAAGGAGAUUACAUUCGUCGAAUCCCUGGGAUGGAUGACGCUCAUGUGAACCGUUGAGUUCAUUCGUUCCUUUGUUGCUCGCCGCUGGUUUUCAGCAACAAACGCAGGUUUUCAUCCACGUAUCUCCCGCGCAGAAUUCAAACCUUCGUCGUCUUCUUCGGGUUUGUCGAUCUCUUGUGUAGUUGAGUGUGCUCGUCUUUUUUUGCUUUCAUCUGCUCUUGUUUAUGGUUUUGAAAUUUCGACGUGAUUGAAGUUUGUCGAUGUAAGGAUGUCGUUAUCAUACUUGGCCUAUGACGUAUCGAAAUUCUUGAAAAAUUUAGUGGAACAGGGAAUAGUGCAGUUGAGCAUGAAGCAUUGAAAGCACUGGGAGUGUUGGUUCGUUGGAGGGUGUGGUUUACUUAUUGAUUCUCGUGCGGCAUUUUGGGAGAUGAAGGAUUAGGUAUUUGAUUUGGGGCAGUCUGGAGUAUCAGAAGCAGGAGAAGCAGAAGGAUGUUGAAAUCGUAGGUUGUUUACGAGACGAGUGAAAGACCUUGGCAAUUUCAUUAUCGUGUUUCGAGGGGUUGAGACGCUAGUCAAUUGAGUAGAGCUUUCUGCGGAUGUCGGAUUUCGCAUCUGUCACGGCUGUUCCUCUGCUUAGCUGAUAAAUACCUUGCUCAAUUGACGUUUUCGAAUUUCAAACUUGACCUGUGGUUCAUUUUAUUGUGAACAUUGGAGUUUUGAGAAGGGAGAAGGAAAAGUAGCGCUAGGCGCCAUGUGCCAAGGGGCGGCUGGCAAGCGCCGUGCUCCUCAGCCGAGUGAGCGUCCCGAAGUCCUAAUCCCACGGAUUCUGAACGAAUGCCAACACACGCAGACUCCACACCUGCGUACCAUAAAGGAGCUUGUGAAAUGCCGGGCAGAGCAUCGCGAGACUUUUUUCUCCGUUCUGUGUAACUCCUUGCGCCCGAUUCUUCUGAUUCAAGAGAAGGAGCCAAGCGUGGAGAGAGUUGUGAAGUAUGUGUCCGCAUUUUCAGCAUAUCGUGAUGAGGAGCACGAGGAGGAUUGCAACUUGUUUGUGGAGGAGUUUCUGAAGUAUUUGUUGGUGCUAGUAGAUGCUGCUAACAAGACUGUUCGCUUUCGGGCUUCUCAGUUGAUUGCAGAGGUUAUGACACGGUUAGCAGAUGACGUGGAGGUCAGUGAUGAGCUAUGGGAGGAAUUAAUUGGAAGCAUGCAGACGCGUAUGCAGGACAAAGUGCCUGCAGUGCGCGUGAACGCAGCUCGGGCCCUGGCUCGAUUGGUAUCUGGCGACGAGAACGAUUCCACCGUGGCUGCUUAUCUACAAUCAUUAGAAACGGACCGUAGUGCGGAUGUACGCAAAAUGGUUGUUCUGUCCAUUCCAGCUGUAAAUUCUACGAUUGUACCAAUUUUUGAACGCACCAUGGACGUUAGUGAUAGCGUUCGGAAAGCGGUGUACUUGUUCUUUGCAAGCAAGCUUCCCCUCAACAUGUUGAGCAUCAUGCAAAGGGCGAAGGUCCUCCAACGAGGUUUGGCCGAUCGUGUACCAGCCGUUCAAGCUGAGUGUAUGAAUAUGCUCAAGUCGUCGUGGUUGAAUCGGGAUUGUGAUGGAGAUGUUAUUGCCCUGCUCCGCUAUCUGGAUGUUGAAACGAAUGAGAAAGUGGGCGAGUUAGUCUUGAAUGAACUCUUGAAGCACGAUGCCAUCAAACCCAAUGAAAGAGAGGGACUGCGGCAAUUUCUCCUUCCUUUGACAUCAAAUGCCGCAGAACAUGGAGACUACGAAGCACAGCUGAUGGGUGCAGAGCAAGCCCUAUAUUGGCGUGUUGUAUGCACCAAUUUACAUGCACAGGCACAGGCGAAGGGGAACGAAGCCGCUAAUACUGGAGGCGCACAGGCUGCACUCAAUGCAGCAACUGCUGCUGAUGUCAAUGAAUUACUCGAUUCCAUCCUACCUCCGACCGUCGCAUCAUAUGUUGAACUCGUCACUGCUCACUUAAAUGCAGGGCCAAGACACCGAUUCGCGGCACGGCAGCUAGUGCUUUUAGCCACAGUUCUGGACUUCAGUGACAGUACUAAUCGGAAGGUUGCCGGAACCCUUGUCAAGACUCUCUUGCUAGCCGAGGCUCCUGACAGUCAAGAUGUAGUUCAUGAAAUCAACUCCGAAGUGUUUGUAGGUGACGGGCUGAGCCUCGGAGGUGAUCAAGAAUGGGCUGCAGCAGUUGCAGAGCUUGCAGUGAAAGUCUACUCUGAGCAAGGAGAGUAUGCGAAAGUACUUGCCGAUGCUAUUUUACGAUUGGGUCAACCUUGUCGUGAUGGAGGGGCUGAAGCUAGCCAGUGGUUGCAUUGUCUUGCUGUGACAAGUCUUUUGCUAGAAAGGAUCAAGUCGUUACGUCAACUUGCAGGAUGUGCAAUUGGAAGUCAAGAAAUCGUUGACGCCCUUCUUGUUCCAGCUGUAAAGCACGUCCACCCUGAGGUGCAAAAGGCUGGCGUUCGAUGCUUAGGCCUGUUUGGUCAGUUGUCAACAAAAGCUACCCCAACUGUGAUCAGGCAACUACGACUAUCUUUUUCGAGUGGUAUUUCAAUUGUUCAGAAUAUGGCUAUCAAGGCUCUGUUCGAUCUAAUAUUAUGCCAUGGAGCCACAACUUUGGAUCAAGCCAUUGGUAUUGACUGUAAUCGGGGGCCUGUUCCUGAGCCUUACCAACUGGAAACGAAGCUCCCUGCAGGAAAUGCUGAAUAUGGUCUCGAAGAAGACGUAGCCACUGCUAUGCGUAAGCCCCUACUAGAGCUGUUGAUGUCGUUGUUAGACUCUGAAACCAUUUAUGAGGAAAUGGAGGAGGAUUCUGCUGAAGAACUGGAGACUUCAAGAAGCUUGGGUGCGGAAGGAUUUGCAAAGUUGUUGCUGCAGAGUAAGCUGUUCAAAGAUAUUCAGGCUAUUGAAGAUUCUGUACUAGCAAAACUUCUGCGGUUGUACUUCAACGAUGAUUUGGAAAUAUCACUCAGACUACAACAAUGUUUGUCAGUAUUCUUCAACAAUUACUCUGUGUUGUCCGCUGAGAACAAGAAAUGUAUCGCCAAAACAUUCAUUCCUGUGAUGCGGGCUGAGUGGCCUGGAGUGUAUGGCAAUAAAGGAAUAGCAACAGCCUUGGUUUCAGCCAAAAAGAGGGCAACACAGUUAUCUCGGUUUAUGCUGCAGCUUUUGCAAAAUCCGUUGCUGGUGACUUCCCAGCAAAUAGAUGGAAAUACUAGCAGCAGUUUGCUUGACGUAGGCCUUGAGAGGCUGGCUAUUAACAUCGCCGUGGAGGUCACUCGAUUAUCUGCAGAUAGUAGUGCUGCUGGUAAAGCUUACAUGGUGGCUAUAGCAAGGAUUGCUGCUGCAUUAGAGUUCCGACCCUCAGCCCAGGAUGAAAUUAAGUGCAUGAUUCAGCUUCUUGGCCCUAUGAUGGAUGCGGUUGCUGGUGACAAGCUACUGCAUAAAGAACUUAAAGAAUUGCUCAGGCACUUAAAAUCUAUGGAUUGUAACCCAGAGCAAUCCCUUUCGGAUGAACAGUUUCAAAACUUUCUCGCUAAAUUUGGGCUGAAUCUUCCAUCAGGAGAUUACAAGGACGAGGAGCUAGCCGUCACUCCUGCAGCAAAGUCCAGAACAACUCCAAAAAGACAAUCUACUACAAAACGUAUAAGGAAAACUCCAGCAGUUGUAGAAUCACCAGUGAUCGUUGGGAUCUCUCGCUCUCCUCGUCAGAGCAAAUCUGAAGCUCUGCAACGACUCUCCUUCUCAGCGGCAAAGCAACGAUCAGAUGAAUCGGAUGAUUCCGACGAUUUCAGAAGUGAACCCGAAGAGGAUGAUGACGCGUGCCCUGAGGUGGUAGAUUUGAAACUAACUACCAACUCUGAUUUAAAACAGCUGGUAGUCCAAGAAAUAGCAGUUCAUUCAACGUCGGCUGAAACGUCAGGAGUUGCAGCCUUAAGCGACGCAUCAAGUGUAGAAUCUGCUGAUGAGGAGAAUGCAAUUUUAGAACCAAGGCGUUCUAAACGAAGUAGUCGUGCAACGACCCUGGUCGAAGCCGAAUCUAAGAGAAUCACUCGUAACAGGACUGCAGCAAAAACAAAGAAUGAAGUCUCAUUGCCUGCUCGACCUAGAACUAGACGCCAAGUGUCAAUGUCCGCCUCACAGAGUUCUGGAGUGAGUGGCCAAACCCUAAGCAUUACAACGGAAGAUGAAGCCGAUUCUGGCAACAGCAAAGCAGCCCUAUCUAAGCAGGCUGUUGCACAAGAGUCCGGUGACAACGACCCUGAUUUCAAACGAUUACCUAAGAAGGGUGAGAAAAAGAGCGUGGCUGCGGCCAAGGGACCGACUACGCGUGCACGCACGGCCUGGAAGUGAUAUAUUAACUCCGCAUUCAACGUGGACUGUAUAUUUUGACUCAACGAAGGUAAACGUCAUUAUGGUCAUUUUCAAUACUAGUUAGUUAUUUCCCCUCGAAAUUCUACCUAGCAGGUCUGUUUCUUAAUGUUGGCCACUUAGCAAUCAACUUCUCCCUGUUGAUUUUGAAAAUAUCUUCUUUGGAAUGUAAUGUUGGAAUAGUAUGCUGAAAUUAAAGUGGUUUAAAUACUGUCUUCAUUUUCUUAAAUAGCUUAUCCGAUAUAUUAUUUACGAAAUUUGGAGUAAGGAAUAUGUAAAAUAUUAUACAAACUUUUCUACCCCUACUUGUUGAAUUGCCGCCGUUCUUUUAAUUAAGCCGGUUGUAUAUCUGCAAGACUAAAUAAGAAAAUUAUAAUACCAAUUAAAAAUUA